AUGGCUUUAAAAAUCUCGUUUUUAUUUAUUAUUGUAUUUAUUGCUACUUACUAUGUAAGUAUAGUUGUGACAGAUGACGAAUGUCAAUUAUCACGUAAUAAUGAUAUGGUUGAUGAUUGUGAUUGUCGUAUAUCAGAUUUAAAUCAAUUAAAUAAUGAACGAUUAUAUCCAUUAUUACAAAAGAUUGUUAAAAAAAAUUAUUUUCGAUUUUAUCCUGUUAAUCUUAAAAAGAAGUGUCAAUUUUGGCCUGAUCAUGGUCAGUGUUCACUUCGUACAUGUGCAAUACAAUCAUGUCCAACUGAAAAGCUACCUGAAACAUUACGUGAAGCAUUCAAUAGUAAUAAACAUACUCAAGCAACAAUGCCGAAUAAACAAGAUGAUCAUCCACAAGAACAAUGUCCACCAGCUGAUACAAAUUCAUCUCUUGGUUUAGUUAAUAAAAAUUUAAGUGCUGAACAUAAACAAACUAUCGAAAAAUGGAUGAAAUUUGAUGAUAUGCAAUCAGAAAAUUUUUGUGAUGUUGAUGAUGAAACAUCAUUAGAUUUAGAAUAUAUUGAUUUAUUACUCAAUAUUGAACGUUAUACUGGUUAUACAGGUGUAUCACCGCAAACAAUUUGGUCAGCAAUUUAUAAUGAAAAUUGUUUUUUUCUACCUGAUUCAAAAGCGUAUUAUAAUCUAAGACAAAAACGUUUAAAUGCAAAUAAAAUGUGUCUUGAAGGUCGAACAUUUUAUCGUCUUAUCUCUGGUCUUCAUUCAAGUAUAAGUAUACAUUUAUGUGCACAAUAUUUUUUUCCUAUAAUUGGUGGUGGUUAUUCACGUUCAGAUGGACGAUGGGGACCAAAUCUUGAUGAAUUUAAACAUCGUUUUGAUCCAGAAACAACUGGUAAUGAAGGACCAGCAUGGUUAAAAAAUCUUUAUUUUAUUUAUUUAAUUGAAUUACGUGCAAUAUAUAAAGCACGUGAUUAUUUACAAAGUCAAACAUAUUUUACUGGAAAUCAAACUGAUGAUAUACAUACAAAAGAAUUAUUAUCAGAUAAUUUAUUCAAAGAAAUUGAACCUUUUGCUAAUUAUUUUAAUGAAAAUGAUUUAUUUAAAAAUGAACAAUUAAAAAUUGAAUUUAAAGAACAUUUUCGUAAUGUAAGUCGAAUUAUGGAUUGUGUUGGAUGUGAUAAAUGUAAAUUAUGGGGAAAAUUACAAAUACAAGCAUUAGGUACAACUUUGAAAAUACUCUUUUCACAAAGUCCAAUACAAUUACAACGUUCGGAACUUGUUUCACUUAUAAAUGGUUUUACACAAUUAUCGACAAGCAUCUAUCGACUCGAGCAUACAUUCAAAACAUGUCUCAGAAAGAAUACGGAACUAUAA